CCCUGUUAUCAUGCAGGAGGACAUGGAAUUCAUUCUGGUUUGAGGUUUGAAGCACAAGAGAGCUGGGUUUAGUCACAGCUUAGUCACCAACUCACCGUGUGACCUUCACCAAGCGCUUUGCCUUCAUUUCUUAUCCACAGAGUCUGGAUAGUAACAACUACCACUGGUAAAGACUCAGGAUCUGAGGUCAAAAGCGCCUUAAACUCUUUGGUAACAGGAACAAGAAGAUCAUUGAAACAUCUUCUGAGUAAUACUGUGCAGCUUGAUUUUAUUCUGUGUCGCAUUUACAAACCCACCCCAGGCUGGAAGGUUUGCAAGGGCUUGGCUGUCAGUAAACUGUGGGAGAGAUUCAGUGGCAGAUAAAGAUGCUGCAGAGGUUAAAAUUGAAUUACAAACUUGAGCAUUUCACAGAGCUAAGUAACACCCGUCGACCUCCGGGGAUUUCUGGGUGCACAGACCGAAGAUCAAAGCCCAGAUUGUGACCAAGGCUUGUGCAAAGCUGCAAAGAAGUGCCUGGAUCAGCAAAAACCUUCUGGAAACGUGGCAAGGGGGAAACGGUCGCAGAUGGAAUGACCUGACAACAAAAGUGGGAAUAUCCAUUAAAAAUUAUGCUAUUUGGUGUAACCUCUUCCACCCUGAGCUUUGGGGGGUUAGUUCUUAUGGAGGGAGGAUGAGGAGUUGUGCUCAGGGUGGCAGGGCUGAGAACAGCGGCAGAGACUGAAACCAAACUGGCAUUUCAGAGAAGAGGAUGUGAGAGGUGAGGCUGUGGUUUGGGUCUCAUCGGGCUCCACUGAAUGCCACCUUCACAGGGAAAAUCACGUGAGAAUGGCUCUUGCAAAGCCUUUGGAGCAGGGCUUGGAUUCAGGAGAAAAGGAACCUUGAAAACAGCAGAAAGAAAACAAGCUACAGAGGUGAUCUAGUACAGGGGAUUUCAUGAUUGCUGCUUACCAACCCAAUCAAGCCUUUCCUGAACAGAGAGGAAUUAAUCUUGCCACAAGAAUAUUAGAAAAACCCAGUAUUCUUAACCUCAAAAGGACCCAGGUGUUGAUGUAUCUUGUGCAUAAUCUGUAUGAUUUCCUAGAGCGUGUGAUUUCCACACUCUCCCUGUGGAUCAAGCCUUCCUUGGCUUUCAUAUGUGCAAGAGGAGACAGAACAAUUACCUUUACCAAACUAAGUGACUCAUUUCAUCCUGCUGGAUGAAGGCCAAUUCAAUGAGAGUCACUGGCACACAGAGCAGAUGGAAAACUAACAGAGCCAGAGCAGAGGGGACCUGCAGUGCUGAAAACAGACACCCCUGCACUGAGUUAUUGCUCAUUCUGCUGCUGCAGCUGUAACUUCAAUAGUGCUGGGGGCUGGGUGCCACAACUCCACUGUCCAGGCUCCAAGGAACCAAAUACCUGAGCAGCUCAAAGUCAUUAACAUGAGAAGGAAGCUAUAGACCUCUUGGAGUGAGUUCAGAGGAGGACACGGAGCUGCUCCAAGGACCGGAGCACCUCUGCUCUGGAGACAGGCUGGGAGAGCUGGGGGGUGUUCACCUGGAGAAGAGAAGGCUCCAGGGACAGCUUAGAGCCCCUUCCAGUGCCUAAAGGGGGAGCCUAAAGAGAGCUGGAGAGGGACUUUGGACCAGGGCCUGCGGGGACAGGCCAAGGGGAAUGGCUUUCCCACUGCCAGAGGGCAGGGUUAGAUGGGAUAUUGAGAAGGAGUUUUUGACUGUGAGGGUGGUGAGGCCCUGGCACAGGUUUCCCAGAGAAGCUGUGGCUGCUCCAUCUGUGGAAGUGUCCAAGGUAGCACAGGGCUUGGAGCAACCUGGGCUAGUGGAAGGUGUCUCUGCCCAUGGCAGAGGUGGAACUGGAUGGGCUUUAAGGUCCCUUCCACCCAAGCAAGUCUGUGAUUCUGUAAUUCUCAACAAGCCCUCUCAGCUCUUACAUUUACAUGUCUCUUGAUGUCUGCUCAAUUCACAUACAAGUUCACCCCGUGCAGUCACUACAGACCAGGAGGGCUGGGGCUGGUGGAGCUCGGCCAGCACGGCUUCCCCUGAGCUCUGUGAGGUGACACUGCAACCACCAGUGUCCUCUUGCUUUGUCCUCCCCCCAUAUGCAGCCUCUGUGCCUCACACACGGCUCCCUCUGCCACUGCCAUCACCCAACAGCACCAAAUAUCACACCCUUCUGUCAGGGUGCUUUCCCCAGCUCCGCUUUCAGACUCACAGACACCCCCUCCCCCUAGAGAACGGAUUACUCUGUACUUUCCUUGACAUCACCCCAUGCCAGGGGCACCAGGGAGGGUGGCACAGCAUCUUCAGGGCACCGGCAGCUCCAUUGGCAGCAGGACCUCGGACUCUGUUUCCCUUUGGCUGUGGUGAGUACCACAUGCUCAGCAGAAGUCAAUGAAAAAAGAAUUGUAGGAAGAAGCAGAAUUUGGUGCUAAAAAAUAAGAGAAAGGGAAAAGGAAAAAAGCAAAGGGAAAAACGGAAAAGGAGAAAGCAAAAAGGAAAAAAAACAGGAAGAAGGAAAAAAUAAGAAAAAAAAAGGAAAAAAUAAAAAAGAUAAAGGCAACAAAUAAAAAAGAAGAAAAGAGGAAACAAAAAAAGAAGAGAAAGGAAAAAUAUCAAAUAUAAAAUAAAGGGGAAAAGGUAAAUUACAAAAGAAAAUUAAAAAGGAUUAAGUACAAAAGAAAGGAAAAAAGGUAAAACAAAGUCUGAAAGCAAAAAGAGAAGAAAAAUAAAAUAAGAAAAAAUAGAAGAAAGAAAUAAAAAAGGAAGCAACUUCAUUUUAUAGAGGGUAAUGGACUGGGGAUUUUUGGUUUAGCUGCCUCUCACUAAAACACAAAACUCACCUGGACCAUCUGAUCAGCAUCUUCCCUUAAAUAUAUAUUGGAUGAGCGAGACAGCCCCAUUCCACUGCUCCCAGCUGAGCUCAGGGUGUGAAGAGUGAUGGAGAAAUCAACACAUGGGACUUCAGCAAGAAACACGGAUUAGAUUCCGUAUAACUCCUAUUGGUGUCCUGGUUUAAAAUCAGCUGAAUCCUGGUCUGGCCACGUGGAGCUGGAGCUGUGCUGGGAAGGGCUCUGUGAAAAGGCAAAGUGUAACGUGAACUGAUGAAGACAGAGGAGAAAGAAGAGGCAGCAAAAUGCCAUUUGCAUGGAUCGUGCCCUCAGCAAUUUGGCUCGUGAUGCACUUCACAGCAGAAGCCUGCAGGAAAGGGAUCAUGACUUCCAGCAAAGCUCCCCGUGGCACUGAGGAAAUCUGUGACAAAGGGAGAAUGACGGCCAACACUGCCAGUGCCAUCCAGCCUGGGACCAACGUCACCCUGUCCUGCUACCUGGGAGACUUGCAGACACCUAAGUGCAGGAUAGGGAUUUUCCUUAAUAACUCUGAACAAGCUAAAAAUUCUGGCCGUUCAGUAAGCAAAACAUUUCCAGUCAAUACCUACGGCAGACACACCUUCACAUGCAAAACGAUUUGUGGAGGAAGGAAAAAACUCAUUUGUGGAAUCGAUAUCAAGUGUGGAAAUCCUCCAGAUGAGCCAGGAAAUGUGUCAUGCAUCCAGAUUGGAACAGACAGCCACCCCGUCUGCACCUGGGAUAAGGGAAGGCUCACAUACCUUGACACCACGUAUGUGAUACAGCUCUCAAAUGGGACACAUGACUUGUGCUUUUCAGAAGAAAGUCUGAAUAAGACAUUUGGCUUGCUGGCUCUGAGAAAGUUGAAUUUUGACUCCAAUUACACCGUUGUGGUUUCUGCCUCCAAUAAGUUGGGAAGUGCUUCUUCACAGCCAUUCACCUUCACAUUAAUAGACAUAGUGAAGCCACAUCCUCCUGACUUUUUAGUGGAAUUUGACAGUUCUUCUGCGACCAACUGCACUCUUUUUUGGCACAGUGAAGCACAAGCACAGCACUGCAGGCUGAGAUACCGUCCCCUCACCAGGCACUCCUGGAGCACGGUUGAAAUCUUCAGCAGUGAACAAUACCACCUUCAUGGGCUGGAGCCUGACACAGCCUAUGAGUUCCAGGUCAGCUGUAAAAUUCACCCCGAGCGAGGGCUGUGGAGCGACUGGAAAAUGAACCAAACCCGGACUCCAGAAGCAGAGCCGACUGGGAUCCUGGAUGUCUGGUACCGGCAGGAGCAGGACCUGGGCUCUCAGCAGCAGAACAUCUCACUCUUUUGGAAGGCUCUGAGCAAGUCAGAGGCAGGAGGAAGAAUCCUGGGGUACAGAGUGACCUUUGAAGCCCUGGACCGUCGGAACCCCCCCCCAGAAUCCCACCAAACCACCCACACCAGCUACUCCAAAGUCACACCAAGGGUGGACUACAGGAUCACAGUCACUGCUCACAACUCUCGGGGCAGGUCCCCCCCUGCAUCCAUCCUGACCAACCUGGGCAUCCAGGAUCUACCACCUCCUCAGCAAGUCUCUGCCGUGGCCAUGGGGAACAGCAGCAUCCUGGUCAGCUGGAAACCACCCCUCAGAUCUGCUGUGCCCAUCAGUGGGUACGUGGUGGAGUGGGCAGAGACAGGGAGGAACCCACACCUGGAGCCCCAUCACACCUGGGCAAAGCUUCCCGCGACCAACCUGUCCACAGUGAUAGCAGAGCACAUCAAAGAUAACAUGUGCUACCAGAUCCAUGUGUUUGCUCUCUACCAGGACAGAGCUGGACAGGCAGUGUCAGUCAGAGGAUACUCCACAGCACAAGCCCCAUCAGCUGGGCCCCAGAUGUUCACAAUCCCGCGGGCCACCGGCGUCUUGGUGUCAUGGGAGGAAAUCCCUGUUCCCCAGCAGAGGGGCUGCAUCACAGGGUACCACGUGUACCUGCAGACCAAGGACAGCCAGGGAGACCCCCAGGUCUAUGCCAUUCCCAGUGGGACGGCCCCGGGGUCCCUGUACAUCCCGGACCUGCGGCCAGGGGAGCUCUACGACCUGUGGGUGACAGGGUCCACUGCGGCCGGGGAGGGGCCGCCGGGCAACAGCGACCGGCUCCGCCUGGAAAGUGCCAGGGGCUGGGUGACUCCGGUGCUCACCUGCAGCUUCUUCAUCUUCUCAGCCUGUGUUUGUUCUGUGCCUCCAGCUAGAAAAGCGUUCCACUGGCUCCUCUCUGUGCUCCUGCCACAGUGGCAGAACAAAGCCAUUCCCGACCCAGCUAACGCCACGUGGGCCAAAAGCUUCAUGGUUACCAAGGCAGAGCUGAGCUCAUCCUCUAUCCUGUUCCUGCCCAGCACCAUCGGCUUUGAAGAGCCUGAACCAACCCCCGUGGAGGAAGCUUUCAUGCAGCCUGAUCCCCCGGACCCAGGGGACAAGCUGCUGGUGGGCAGCGCUGGCAGCAGGAGGCAUGGGGACUGGACACAGGAGAGCUCAAGUUCGGAGCCGGGGGAGGAGCAGCAGCUCCCUGAGCUGUACCAGAGGCUGGUGGUGGAAGCGAUGGAGCACCUGCAGCCUGUGCCCGAGUACAUCACCAACCCCGGCCCCACUGACCUGCCCCCACCUCCAGACACCACCAGGGACCACCCCAUGGACCUGCCCGAGUACAUCACCAGCCCCAGCCCCACAGACCUGCCCCCGCCCGCAGACACUCCCAUGGACCACCCCGAGCUCGAGUGCCACCUGCUGUCCAUCUUCCCAACCACCUUUUUGGCACCCACCCUCUGCUGUGAAGGGAAUCUCACUUUGGACAGAGUGAAGCUCAACUGUAGCUCCUUCCCAAGGUAGGUAGGGGGUGGGUGAUGGGAGCCUGGCCUGGUGUUUUGCACUUUAUGAAGCAUUUCAGUGUGGACAGACAGACCAGUCACUUGUACGUGACACCUGUAGGUGACACAAUCCCCGACCCACAAACCUUUCCAAGUCUCACCUCACUGUUCAACGUGGCAUCUCUUCACCCACAGCACUCAGGCACAGCUUGGGAUGGCGGAGCUGGCUUGGGGAGAGGAUCAUUAAUUACUCGGGUUGCCUCGAGCCCUGUCCCACUGCCUGGUCACGAAUGGCCCAUCCUGGCUGGGUCCACCCCAGGAAUCAGAGCUGUGCUUAACAUCAUUUCAACCCAGAAAGAGCAAGGGGACUACAAGACGGAAGGAUGAAAGAGCUCAGCAUCCAGCCAAGCAGGACAUGGGCUGCAGCCCUUGCUCCUCCGCUGGCACAAAAUCGGAGCUCCCAGUGACACCAGUCCCAUGGGGGCACUGAGGGACACGGCUGGGACUUCCUGGCUCAGUUCAGAAAAGGAGAAUUCCUCCCCAGAAACAAAAGCAGCAGGCAGCACGUGUACUCAGCCAAAUGGACUGUCAAGAGGAAUUAUAAUCAUUUAUUGAAGUAUUCUAAUUACAGGUUUGAAGUGUGUUACACAUUUAAUGACUUUGUUUAUGAGAUGUGUGUGUAUAUAAAUAAAAUGUUGGAAAUCUGAAAUUGGUUUCCUGUUGUUUUCUCUGGUCAAGCUCCAGGGCUAUGCUGCAGCUUUACACAGAACAAGGUGUCUUUAAAAACAAAAAUAAAGCCAAAACACUGCUGCUAGAGAUGUAGUCCAGGUCUGAACUUACCUGGAGCACCCUCCUCUUCCUCCCCAGGCUCAGGUGGCCACUCUCCAUCCACUGACAGCUACACGAGCAGUGGCAAAACUGCUGACGAAACCCUUCUGUGACACCACCAUCCCAGAACACCUCCACGGACAGCCAUUAUCCCACCUGGCAGGAACAGCAAAGGUCUCCUGGCAGAGCUGUGACAGAGAUGCACCUGCACCACGAGGUUGAUACAGCAAGGCUGGGGCUCUCCACACUGUCUCGUGUGUGAAGAGACAAGCAAAUCCCCAGGGCCGGGUUUGGGGGACCUUUCUCAGUCUGUUCCCUGUUUUCAUUCCAGUUGUGGCUGGGUUACCUUCUACAGAAAGCCCCAGUGCUCCCAUGUUCAAAGGCACUGCAGAACAGGCUCAUGCCUGUCAAUACCCACACGCUGCCCCUGGAGACAGUAACAGCCCGGGGUUAUGCUGAUUACUCAGCUCCAUCUGGACUGUGACACCAGUUUCCUGCUCUCCACACCUCACCUGGCAACCUCCCUGCCAAGAGGACUGGCUGGGCAUCAUAUCACAAAUCAGUACCUCAAGUCGGCUGCGUACAACCAAAUUAGACACCCAGAAAGGCAAAUCAGAAGCCAAAAAAGUGGGUUUUUUAAAAAACAUUAUUUUGUCAUUCAUCCACUUCUGCGUGUCGAUCUUCUACUUCAACAUAUAAACAUAACACUGGAGCCCUCAUUCUGCACGUCUCCAGAUAAAACUUCCACACAGAGCACUUUAAAUCAAGUGUUAAGUCAAGAAUCAUUAGUAGGACAAUGAUCAGACUUUUUAAACUCCAACCUGGAAGUGUUCCAGGAAAGGACCUGAGUCUCCCAGUAAGGGCAAAGGAACCAUUUUCCCCCAAUCAGGUCACCCAUCCCAGGGCAGCGCCCACCUCAGGGACCCUGCCUGAGACACCCAGCCCUGCUCAAACCCCCUGAGCCUGGUCCCUAGGGAUGGCAGAGCAGCCCAGGAGUACAAAGGGAAGGCAGCGUGGUCCUUGGAAUGAUUUUAGGAAAGAAGCAAGUUGGCACGUGCUGGGAAGUGGCAGCUUUAGGUCCAAUUCUUGCCUUUAUUAAACCAGAGGUGUGGCUACGCAAACCCAUCACCGUGGGCAGAGUUGUUACAGGUCAGGGUGGUCUGAGCUCCUCCAGUUGCAAACACCAUGUAUUCCCACCAAUUUCUGACAUUCCAGGAGAAUCCAUGUCCUUUCCCACACCCUGCUAAUCCUUGCAUUGGUUCAUCACUCUUGUUCCCUCCCAGCACCACAGCCAUGCACUGGCAGCACUGCAAGAUGAACUUUCAUGCUCCAACCUAGCCAGUGUUACAUUCCAAAGCCAAUUUGCACCGCGUGUUUCUGACUUUUUCCGUUUGACCAUCUUUUCCAAUGGAUCAGAUUUUAAAAGAUCUAGUCCUCUAGAUCUGGUCUGACAGCAGAAGCAGGAAGAGGACAGAAAAUGUUCCUAAGAGCAAGCUCCUUACUCAUAAGCUACUUGGGUUUUCCCAAGGCAAAGUCCAUCCUGGGAAUGGGAAUGCCUGGGCACCACCACAGGCAGGCUGGACCUCUUGAGGCAGAACCUAGAUGAGACACUAUUAACCUAAGUGGUUUCAUUUCCAUGUGUUUUCAGGACAUUUUUUUAAAAGAGCAUGAAAAUAAACUUUUAUUUCAGUUAACACCCACCAAUAUUAAAGAUAAAUGUUCACAGUUUUAGUUCUUGACACAAAUGGACUGAAAGAGGCAAAUUUACAUCUGUCAGAACAGCAGAAGGACCAUGUGUAAGUACAAGCUGUCUUGAAAAUCACACAUGAGGUGCUGUUUGGGACUGUUCUGUGCUACAUGGCAGGAGAAGGGAAAGCCACUGGCUAAAUCCAGCUUGCAGGGUCCUAAAUCCCUGCCCAGAAUCAUCUGGAAAAAAGCAGAAUGGCAACUGGAAUGGCAAACACACAGUUUGGAUAAGGGGAAGGAAGCCUAUACUCCAGAGAAAGCUUUGCUCUAAGUGCUUCUGCAUAAAAGUAUUAGUUGUGUUAUCCAAGAUGUUCCCAGUGCUGGAACUGCAACACAUCCCAUCAAACCACAACGGCAGGGGGAAGAGGAACAACUCCAUGUUGGACCUGCCCCACACUGAGUACAAGGUCAAGAGAGCUGAACCAAGAGAUUUUACCACCCUCCUCCUCACACCCUGGAGCUUUAAAUACAGGCGAGUGCACUGAACAACCAGAUCAAUGAUUAUCCACAGUGGUUCACAACACAAGCGCUUGUAGAAAAUUGCUCAGGAAAAGCAAGCCAGCCACUAACAUCACAACUGAGGAGGUUGGGAUUUCAUAUUCAAAGGUCUCCAACACUUCUUGCCAGUCCUGUACAGUUUUUAAAAAAAUAGGGUGUUACCUUUAGUUUUCUAUCUACCUAGUUAAGAAACUACAAAUAUGUUCUAAGCUGUCCAAAGAGUAAAACAUGAAAUAAAGUGGGAAAUCUGCUCCUGAUCUCCUAACAAAUGCUGCAGAUAAAAACCCUAAGAAAUCCUCUUUCUUAGUCAUUUGUCCAACUCCUUUUGUGUGUGGUGAUGUUCCUGCUCACAGGGAUGAAAGUAAACCUACGGUGAACUUUCAGAGGAGGAGAAGGGGUUUCUUACAAUCACUCUCAGAAAAACAUUCACGGUGAUCUGCCAAACAGAUCUUGAGCACUGCACAAAGCCAGGGCUAAAUUCUGAUGGACAGCUGAAGUGCUGGGAGACGAUGAGCCAAAAAUCCCUCCUGCCAGAGCCAGCAAAGGCCUGGGGUUCCUUCCCCAGAAGACCUGGGAGCAGUGCUGGGAGUACAGCAGGUACUGAUGUACCUGUGUGCCAGACAGUGCUGCUCAAUCCCACAUCCCACCUGAGUCCAUGUGGACUACAGAGCCACAGCUACUGCCUUCCCCCCACCUCCCAGCUCCAAUGACAGCAAUUACCCCCAUCUCAGGCUAUCCCAGCUCCCACAACAGGAAUUACCCCAAUCUCAGGGUAUCCUCUCAAGCAAAAGCAAAGGUAAUUUAAAAACUCUUCUUUUUUUUUUUUUUUGCCAACAAAGCAUCUUGUUCUGUUGAAGGAAGGAGGAGGGAAUAAAGGUCAGAAGGGUGAGUGAAGGUGGGAUACAUUAAUUUUAAAAACCUGGUUUUCAGACCAAUUACCCACACAUCAUUCUGGAUCAAUACAGGUAUUGAACUACAAACCAAUGUGCUUUCGAUCUUGAUUUCAAGUAUCUGGUAUCAAUUUUGUAUAAAGGUUUUGUGUAAACAAACUACCUAACAGAGAUGAAAAAUUACUGGUUUUCCAUGUUUGAAAUUAAGCAUUAAAACUAAAGUACUCCAGGAGUUCAUUCCAUACAGCACUAACAGUCUGCCAAAUUCGUAUUCCACAUAUUCCAAAAGACCACGGGCUGAGAAAAAUCUGCUAAACAGAAAUUAAGGAAAUGGAAAUAGUGUGCAAUACUUAAAACCCAGUUUGGA